AUCUGCCAUGUUUCACUCUGCUCAUCGUUUGAGUCUCCAAGCAGCAGCAAGAGGGAAUAUUAUAGUAAUAGACAAAGAGGAAAAGAAGAAGAAGAUAGGAAGUGGAAAUGAAGAGAGCAGAGCUAGAGUUACCUCCUGGGUUCAGAUUUCAUCCAACAGAUGAUGAAUUGGUGAAUCAUUACUUGUGUCGGAAAUGCGCAGGGCAGCCUAUUUUUGUUCCGAUCAUUGCUGAGAUUGAUCUUUAUAAGUAUGAUCCUUGGCAGCUUCCAGACAUGGCUCCGUACGGUGAAAAGGAAUGGUACUUCUUUUCUCCAAGAGAUAGAAAAUACCCCAAUGGUUCACGGCCGAACCGGGCAGCGGGAAGCGGAUAUUGGAAAGCAACAGGAGCUGAUAAACCCAUUGGUCGGCCCAAACCACUUGGAAUAAAAAAAGCGCUCGUUUUUUACGCUGGAAAAGCUCCAAAAGGAGUCAAAACCAACUGGAUAAUGCAUGAAUAUCGGCUUGCCGAUGUUGAUAGGUCUGCCCGCAAGAAGAACAACCUCAGGCUUGAUGACUGGGUAUUAUGUCGAAUAUACAACAAGAAAGGAAGCAUUGAGAAGCAGUACACUGUGGAUAUAAAAUUGAUAGAAUAUCCAGAAAUGGAGGAGCAAAAACCAAAGAUUUUAAUGUCUGCAGCGUCAAUUAAUAACAAUGAGCCGUUAGUACAGAUGGAUACAUGUGAUUCAAUACCCAGAUUGCAUACAGACUCGAGUUGCUCGGAGGAGCACGUGCUAUCGCCUGAGAAAGAAGUCGAGAGCGUGUUGAAUUUUGGUUUUAGUAGUUACGUCGAUGGGUUUCAAGAUGAUCCUUUUGCUUCUCAAGUUGAGUUCCAAAUGGAUCAAUUCUCCCCCUUGGAGGACAUGUUCAUGUAUUUACACAAGCCACUUUGAUCCUAUCCUAUCCACCAAUCGAUCAUAUUCCAAGUAGUUUUAGGAAAAUUCUUAUAUGUAAUUAGGUUCUACAACAAUUUAUUCGAUUAAUGAAACAGCAUGACUGAUUACGUACUAGAAAUGGAUUUGAUUAUUAUUUUUUAUGUU